GGUGUGGCCUCAUUGGAGGAAGUGUCACUGGGGGUGGGCUUUAGGGUUUCAAAUGCUCAAGCGUGUUUCUCUUUUCCUGUUGCCUAUGGAUCCAGAUGUAGAAAUCUGAAGCUACUUCUCCAGCACCAUGUCUACCUACCUGCAUGUUGCCAGGCUUCUGCUCAUGAAAACAGUAGACUAAGUUUCUGCCCUGUAGACAAGCCCCAUUUAAAUGUUUUCCUUUGUAACAGUUGCUGUAGUCAUGGUGUGUCUUCACAGCAGUAGAACACGGAAUAAGUCAGUGUCUCUUCACCAACAUAGAACAGUGACUAGGAGAUAUAGGGAAUCUUACUGCAAAGCUUUCGGUCAUCCCAGGAUUGUUUAUAGACACUAUAGAGAACUCACUGUAAAGUAGCCUUGAGUACAGAAUUUGUGAAGUCUCCAUGAUCAUUUUAGUAACUCUUUAAAAAAAUGUAUCAUUCAUGAGUGGUAGUGGCUCACAUAUAUAAUCCAAGUACGUGGGAGGCAGACACAGGCAGCUAUCUGUGAGUUCAAAGCCAACCUGGUCUGCAGAACUUGUUCAAGGACAGCCAAGGUUACACAAAGAAACCCUGUGUCAAUACAUACAUACAUACAUACAUACAUACAUACAUACAUACAUACUCAUGGCAUUGGAAAAUACGUGAGAAGAUUUCUUGAUUCAACUGAAAAAUUAAGAAAUAGCAGCGUUUGGGAAACUUGAUAAAAAGAGAUACUUGAUUUUAAUCUGACAGUCUCACCCACUGAGUCUGUUUGCUACCUCCAGUGAUCAGUCCUUCCCAGGGCUGGGACUGGCUGUGAAUAUCACUUACCAGCUAUGGUGGUACAGGCAUGUGAUCCUACUUGGGAAGCUCGAGAGAAGGAUUCCAACUUUCAGAGCUGUCUGGACGUAUUGAGUUCCUGGUCUUCCCAGGGAACCUGGGUUUCCCUUUGGGGGAUUUUACCUUGUUAAUGGUAGAAUUUAAUAAGUGAGCCCAGAAGAAAUCUCAAGGACUAUGUAAUAAAGUUUGAGUGAGGACCGCACUGGGUUGCCGCCGCCGCCAUCUUGCCAGCCCCAAAGGUCUCAGUAAGGUGGGUGACUCCAGAAUGGGAGACAAGCCAACUUGGGAGCAGAUUGGAUCCAGCUUUAUUCAGCAUUACUAUCAGUUUGAUAACGACAGAACCCAACUAGGCGCAAUUUACAUUGAUGCGUCAUGCCCUACGUGGGAAGGACAGCAAUUCCAGGGCAAAGCUGCCAUUGUGGAGAAGCUAUCUAGCCUUCCGCUCCAGAAAAUUCAGCAUAGCAUCACGAUGCAGGACCAUCAGCCUACACCAGAUAGCUGCAUCAUCAGCAUGGUUGUAGGCCAGCUCAAGGCUGAUGAAGAUCCCAUCAUGGGUUUCCACCAGAUGUUUCUAUUACAGAACAUCAACGAUGCUUGGGUUUGCACCAAUGACAUGUUCAGGCUUGCCCUGCACAACUCCGGCUGACCUCCUCCUGCCCAGAUAGUCACGCUGUUUCCUCCUCCCUCUGCCCAAUCCUAUCUCCUCCAGAUGCUCCAAAUAUCAUACACAAAGGAGCGGGGCCAAGGUGGGAGUGGGCGCAGUGCGCAUCUGUCACCACGGUAUUGUGCAUGAUGUUGGGAUGCUAGACAGUUGACAGGAAAAGUUGGUGUUGUACCAGCGCAUGCCUUGGAAAGACUUAAGUAAUGCAAAGAUUGUUGGUUUUUG